GACCUCUCUCUGCGGGGACCUCUCUCUGCGGGGACGCGGCGAGCAGCGGAGCGGAGCGGGGCGGGGGAGACAGCGCAGCGAGCGAGGCAGCGGGAGCGGCUCCCCGACCGCGGGCAGCACCAUGAGGCAGAUCUCAGUGACAACAUUUAAGAAGCUAACAAGCAAAGCAUCCUAAAAUGGGGGAAACAAAGUAUUGCACUCUGAAGCAAUAAUUACUCUGCCAAGAGGUUUGAAAUGCUAGAAGAGCUGCUCUCGAGAAGAAAAACCAGUGUGUAAUUCAUGAUGAAGACAUCGAUCAGCAUGUGAACAGAGCAUCUGCCAAGCACGAGCUGCUGUAAUGGUCUACGAUGAUGCCAACAAGAAAUGGGUACCAGCUGGUGGAUCAACCGGAUUCAGCAGAGUUCACAUAUAUCAUCACACAGGCAACAACACAUUCAGAGUAGUGGGCAGGAAGAUUCAGGAUCAUCAGGUGGUAAUAAAUUGUGCCAUUCCAAAAGGGCUGAAGUACAAUCAGGCUACACAGACCUUCCACCAGUGGCGUGACGCUAGGCAGGUUUAUGGUCUGAAUUUUGGCAGCAAAGAAGAUGCCAAUGUCUUCGCAAGUGCCAUGAUGCAUGCCUUAGAAGUAUUAAAUUCCCAGGAAGCUGGUCCUACAUUGCCUCGACAGAAUUCACAGCUUCCCUCUCAAGUACAAAAUGGUCCAUCACAAGAAGAAAUGGAAAUCCAGAGAAGACAGUUGCAAGAGCAACAGAGGCAGAAGGAGCUGGAACGGGAGAGGCUGGAUCGUGAACGAAUGGAACGGGAGAGGCUGGAGAGAGAGAGGCUAGAAAGGGAAAGACUGGAAAGAGAGCGCCUAGAGCAGGAGCAACUGGAGAGAGAACGGCAAGAAAGGGAACGGCAAGAGCGCCUAGAAAGGGAGAGACAAGAGAAGGAGAGGCAGGACCGGGAGAGACUUGAACGACUUGAACGGGAGAGGCAAGAAAGAGAACGGCAAGAACAGUUGGAAAGGGAACAGUUGGAAUGGGAAAGAGAGAGAAGAAUUUCAAAUGCUGCUCCAUCUUUCGACAACUCCCCGUAUAGCACUCCACUUCCCGACUACUCCAGUUGCCAGCCUCCUUCAGCACCUCCUCCAUCAUAUGCAAAAGCAGUCUCAGCGCCGAUGGCAGAGGCCACGCCGGAGUACGCUGUAGUGACUUCUGCGCCGCCGACUUGCGCUCCCCCCACACCGCCUCUAAGGCACUCUGCAUCGCGUUUUGCUACAUCCUUAGGCUCAGCUUUCCACCCCGUUCUCCCCCAUUACGCCACGGUUCCUCGUCCGCUGAACAAAAGUUCUCGGCCCCCUUCUCCCGUCAGCGCGGCGGCGACUCUGCCUCCCAGCGCAAAGCCCGUGGCCUGGUCCGCGCCCGCUUUCGGCCCCCUGCCCCCGUCUCCUCCGGUCAUGAUAAGCAGCCCACCGGGCAAAGCUGCCGGCCCGAGACCCGUCCUCCCGGUGCCGCCUUCCAAUCCGGCGGCCCCGGCGUCCACGUCUCCCACGGCUCCUAACGGGCUUCCUGAAAACCUGGCUUAUCCGGUUCCUUCGCCUUCUACCUCAGGUCCAACGCCGCCUCCGCCACCUCCUCCCCCCCCGCUGCCUUCCUUUCCGCCUCUGUCGCUCUCUGGACCUCAAGCUUCUCCUUCUCCCAACUCCCCGAAUGCCUCGACUCCCUCAUCCAAGCCUAGUGUUCUCCCUUCUCCCUCUGCAGCUACCCCUGCCUCUGUUGAGAACUCUCUAAACUCUGUGCUGGGAGACUCCUCUGCUUCUGAGCCAGUCUUGCAGGCAGCCUCUCAGCCGGUUGAAGCUCCGAGCCAGCAGGGUGCUGUCCAAGGACCGCCUGCACCUCCUCCUCCACCUCCCCUGCCCCCUGGCCCAGCUCAGUCUUCAGUAGCAGCCCCACCUCCUCCUGGCCCUCCACCCCCUCCUCCACUCCCACCUUCGGGGCCGCCGCCGCCGCCACCGCCGCCUCCUCCACUGCCCAGCCAAGUUCCUCCCGUUCCCCUGCCACCUCCUGCUCCCCCCCUCCCAGCCUCUGGAUUUUCGGCGGGAUUCGUGUCCGAGGAUAAUCGCCCUUUAACUGGACUGGCAGCUGCGCUUGCUGGAGCCAAACUUAGGAAAGUCUCACGGGGCGAAGACUCCUCCAGUUCAAGUGGAGGAGGAGGAGGAGGCUCUGCUUCAUCCAAAGCAGACAGUGGCCGUGGAAAUGGACCUCUUCCCUUGGGAGGCAGCGGGUUGAUGGAAGAAAUGAGCGCCCUGCUGGCCAGGAGGAGAAGAAUUGCUGAAAAGGGAUCAACAGAACCAGAGCAGAAAGAAGAUAAAGCUGAAGAAUCAGAGUCUUCAUCUUCUAAGGUUUCUUCAACAAGCACACCCGAACUAACAAGAAAACCAUGGGAAAGGACAAAUACAGUGAAUGGAAGCAAGUCACCUGUUAUUUCCAGACGGGAAUCUCCGUGGAAAAAUCUGCUUGCUUCUGAAAACAGGUUCUAUGAUUCAUUAAACAGACCAAAAUCUACACCAACGGGACAGCCCAGUGCCAAUGGAGUACAGUCAGAAGGUCUAGAUUAUGACAGAUUGAAGCAGGACAUUUUAGAUGAAAUGAGGAAGGAGUUAACGAAAUUAAAGGAAGAACUCAUUGAUGCUAUCAGACAGGAACUCAGCAAGUCCAAUACUGCAUAGAAGGACUCAUACUAAGCCGAUGUGACUCUUUAACUUGAUAUAAAACUGACUACGUUUUGUGAGCUGUUAGAAGAAAACGGAGACAGACAGACAGACACUUGGAAGGAGGGAGAAACAACCUAUUCUGAAAAGCUUCAGACACAUCACUCUGGUGAUAAUGCUAUUCCCCUCCUAGUUUGCAGCUUUUUUCUGACCUUUACAGCAGGGUGGAAAAGACUCUUAAAGUUACUGUAAUGAUUAUGCAGAAAUUCCUACAUCUAUCAGACAAGAUCACAGUGCUUUGAAGUCAACUCAUGUCAAGGUAAAAUUGCACAUGUUUCAGAAUUUGCUGUUAAGACAAAAAAACAGGGAAAAGCUUGGGAAGGCUUUUCAGAGAGGUUUUCUUUGUUAAUGAAGGAGUUAGCAAGUUAUACUGUUGUACUUCAAAUGUAUCUCAGGUUUGUCUUCCUAUCAUAUCUGAUAUUUCCAUGAGUAAUUUAAGAGAUCAGAUGUGUAGAGGUUCAGUUCACAAGGAAAAAUUAGACACGUGUGCUUUUAAAGGCCAAUAUUUGUAAGUAAGGAUGACGUAGACGGUGAUGACAUAUCAAGAUUUUGGAAUUUUAUGAUAGGAAGCCUCUCUAGUUAGCCUUCAUGCAAUUUUCUAGGAAAAUGAAAAAAAAAAAAAAAAGCAAAUACAGUCCAGAGUUUAAAGAUGUAGAUGCCUUCCUACAUUGUUACGAUGCUUUACCAAAUCUAAGACUUCGACAUAAAGCGAAUCAGCAGUCAAAUGUAAAUCAUUAGUAUGUUGUAGAUUUACAGUAGAUUUUGGGGCUUUUUUUAGAUUUAUGCAUGUGGACAUUUUGUAAUGUAACACAACACAGCCAGCUUUUUAAUUAAAAGAAAAAUUGCAUGUCA